AUGGUCGCUGUCACCACCGAUUAUAUCAGUGUUGGAGGAAAUAGACACCCUGGAGCUGCACAGUGGGAUGUCCAGACAGGCGUGUUGGCCUUUGGCGCAGACAACAAUGUCGCCCUGUGGGAUCCUCUAGACAAGCAUGAUCGAGGAGUCUACGCUCUACUCGUCGGACACACCGAUAAAGUCAGCGUCGUUCGAUUUUACGCAUGCCCCUCCUCUGGAACGAGAUUUCUUUUAACCGGCUCCGUCGACCGCACGAUACGUGUAUGGCGAAUGAAGAAUGCCGACUCGCGCAAUUAUAUCCUUGCAGCUACCCUCGAGGGCCACACGGGGUCAGUGAAUGCGAUUGCUGUUGCAGAGGGAACGGAUAUUAUUGCGUCGGGCGCGGCCGAUGGAACGGUUCGCAUUUGGAGAAUCAAUGCGCAGUUUGAGCUGAAGUGCGACUUGAUCGAAACGAUUACUAUGACACCGCGGUACUUCCCGCUUACUCUGUCGUUGCAGGGUCUCGAGGGCUACUCGGACACACCUUUAGUAUUGGCGGUUGCUGGUACGACAACUAAGGUGCAGAUUUUUGUAUCGGAAACCUCCGUUAGAAAGCCUGAGUUUAAGCACCGUGCUACUCUCACGGGACAUGAAGCCUGGAUUCGGGCUCUUUCAUUCACUGUGGACAAGCAGAGCAAGGAAGGCGAUAUUCUGUUGGCAUCUGCUAGUCAGGAUAGGUACAUUCGUCUUUGGCGGCUGCACCGGGGUGAGGCGAAUGCCCCUGGUCCAAUUGAUGAAGCCGACCCCCUGCUUGGAGGCAUGGAGCCAACACUUUCGAACAAAGCCCAUGAAUUCGAAGCGCACGGUUCGAAGUACUCCAUGACAUUUGAAGCUCUUCUCUUCGGAAACGAGGAUUGGAUUUACACCACUUCAUGGAACCCUGAUCCUAAAAAGCAACAACUUCUCUCCACCUCUGCUGAUAACACCGUCACGAUCUGGGAACAAGAUCAGGUAUCUGGUGUCUGGAUGUCUGCAGAGAGAAUGGGAGAGAUCAGUGUCCAAAAGGGAUCCACUACCGCAACUGGUAGUGUUGGUGGAUUCUGGAUUGGUCUUUGGUCCCCAGACGGAAAGCAAGUGGUGAGUCUCAGUCGGACAGGCAGCUGGAGAGUUUGGCGACAGGAGUCGGAUUCGGACCUCUGGGUGCAAAAGUUCGGCAUUUCAGGCCAUGUGCGCUCAUCUAACGGCGUUCAAUGGGAUCCCACUGGUGGAUAUUUACUCUCCACUAGUUCUGACCAGACUACUCGGCUGCACGCUAAGUGGCUACGGGACAACAUCGGUUCAUGGCAUGAGUUCUCUCGUCCCCAGAUUCACGGUUAUGACCUAAACUGUGUUGACACACUGGGCCCUUCGCAAUUUGUUACGGGUGCGGAAGAAAAGCUUUUGCGCGUGUUCAAUGAACCUAAGCCUAUUGCUGACUUAUUGGAGAGGCUUACUGGGUUCAGGCAGUCGAAUGGUGAGAGCCUACCAGACACAGCUGAAAUUCCAGUAUUGGGUCUUUCAAAUAAGGCACUUGGAGACGAGGCCCCAGUGGAAGAGGAAGAUGCAGAGGAAGCCAAGCCAGAAGUGCCGUCUGCUUCUGCCUCCUUGGCUGUCAACCACCCGCCCUUGGAAGACCAGUUGUCUCGUUACACACUGUGGCCAGAGCACGAGAAGCUCUACGGUCACGGCUAUGAGAUUUCGGCAGUGGCUGUCAGUCAUGACCGUAAGCUCAUUGCAACUGCUUGCAAGGCCAGUUCGAUCGACCACGCAGUCAUUCGUCUCUAUGAUACAUCAGACUGGCACGAGAUCAAGCCUUCCCUCACCGCACACUCUUUAACAAUCACCGAUCUCUCAUUCUCCGACGGUGACCGCUACCUUCUCAGUGUUGGCCGAGACCGACAAUGGGCUAUCUUCCAGCGGAGUGAUACCGAGCCAACCACAUACAAUAAACUCACCGCAAACCCCAAGGGCCACUCUCGGAUGAUCCUGGGAGCAGCCUGGGCCCCGGUCACCAUAGACCAUGUCUUCGCCACAUCCGGUCGUGACAAGUCCGUGAGAGUCUGGCAAAUGUCCGAAGAGACCUUUGUUUGCAAGACGACCGUGGCCUUGACCUCAGCGGUCUCGGCCAUUGCUUUCCUGUCUGUAACAUACAAGGGAUCGUUCAUUCUUGCAGUGGGCGAGGAUACCGGUGUAAUCUCCAUUCACCGAAUCGCCGCAGACACUCUUGAAGCACAGCAUAUCGUGACAAUCAAGAAAGAAAUCUCUCCCUCCAGGGCGAUUACUCAACUAUCGUGGCGGCCAGUGCCGACCACCGAUGUGGACAGGAGGAAUCAGUUCGAACUGGCAGUGGCAAGUGAAGACACGUCCACGCGCAUAUAUGCUAUCUCGAACAUGCUCUCAUGA